AUGACUGAACCCUCUAUUCAUCCUCCUGACUUUACCUCCUUCUUCGACCAACAUCAAAGUCCUCUUUUCUCACUUCCCCCGGAAAUCCGCGAUGAAAUCUUCGCCUUUGCCCUGUCCAGCUACGAAGACACUACUCGCGCAUACAGCAAGGGGACGUACUGGACACGGCCGGGAUACAGCGCGCCCCAUCGCACAUGCACAGAGCUGCUACGAACAUGCAAACGCGUCUACUCCGAAGCAUGGUUUAUGCCGUUCGCCUACGCAGAGCAUUCAUUCUACCUGACGUCAUCCAACCGCGCCCCGGGCUCGUUAACGCCUGUUGCGUUUGAGAAAUGUCUCGCGAUGAUCGAUCGAAUCCACGGUCAGCUCGAAGCAGGCCAUAUUCGGAUCUUCGCGCAGAUGUUUGUCCUUGAGCCGGGAAACGAGAUGCAGCGGGUUCUGGGGAUGCCGCAUUUCCAUCCGACGAGUAUCACGCUCACGCUGCGGUAUACGGAUUUCUGGUUCUGGGAGGAUAAUGAGCCGCUGAGGAUUGGGGGGCGAUGGGUGAAUUCGAUUCGGUUCCCGAGUAGUGUGAGUCGGUUUAGGAUUGACUUUGAGAGUAUUGAGAGGCGCAAGGGGGAGGUGGAUUACAUCGCCAAUGAAGCGGCUGAUAGCUGGUUCUUUCACCGAGUGGAUGGUCAGAUCUUGACGGCGAGAAAGUCGGAAACGGCGAUUUCGAAAUGGACGGGGAGUUCGGUGCUUGGGGAGACACGCUGGAUUAGAGAUGAAGUGCGACCGAGUCAGUUGGACUAUCACGUUGUGACGGUGACGUGGAGAGUGUCGAAUCAGGCGGAUGUGAAGCUAUCCACGCCGUAUCCGAGUCUGCGAGUGCCGUACGACUUUGAUCGGCCGGAUCCGCCACUGCCUCAAGGGAGGAGUAUAGGGGAGAGCAGUUUAAGAGCUGCGGGGAUAUCGCCAGACACGCCGGCGGAAGAGACGCUUGUUCAGUAUCGUGAAUGGCUUCGGACUAGGCGUCAGUAUGAUUCUGAUGAGUCUGAUGAGUAUGAGGAUGUAGAGACCGAAGAGGAAGAUGAUGAUUCAUACUAA